GCAUCGCCCCCAUAGCGCGCAGCAUGAACGCAGCGCGGCAAAGAGGAUGUGCGAGCAAGCGGCGCGCUACUGCAGGGACGGAGUCCACAAGCUGCUCCACAAAGACCAAGCCAAACUGCGGGCGCAGGACAGCGGCGAGCAGACCAGCUUCCCAGCGCAGAGCAGCGAGACCGCGACGGCCGCGCAGCCCGGGAACGGCGGCUCACAGCCCGGCGCCAUAGACGGGCUUGUGCGCUGGAUCGUCACCAAGAUGAGCGACAACAAGAGCAUCUCGACGCGCGAGUACGGCAAGGAGGAAGCGGCCGUGGCGCAAGAGCAAUUCUUCGCCCCCGAGCCGCGCAAAGGCAUUUCAGUCAUCCUGGACAUAUUUCGGAGAGCCGAUAAGGAUGAUGAUGGAAAGCUUUCCCUGGAUGAGUUCCAGGCCUUCUUCUCUGAUGGGACCUUGAAUGAGGAGGAACUGGAGAAUCUUUUCCACACAAUUGAUUCUGAUAACACCAGUAAUGUUGACACCAAGGAACUUUGUGACUACUUUGCCAAACACAUGGGCGACUAUGAAGGUGUGCUUGCAUCCCUGGAGACACUCAACCUUUCUAUCCUCAAAGCCAUGGAUUUCACCAAGAAGGUGUAUGAAAGAGGAACUAAUAUUGAGCAAUUUGUGACUCGCUUCCUGUUGAAGGAAUCAGCCAAUCAAAUACAGUCCUUGCUUAACUCUGUGGAGAGUGCAGUGGAUGCUAUUGAUGAACAGCAUUGCCCUCCAGGAUCUUACCCUAGUAAGACCAGUCCACGUGUUCCUGAAAGGCACUAUGAAGCUCCAGUUCCAGACUACCCACCCAAUAACAGAGUUAGUGCCAAGGACAGCAUGAGGAAUCUUAAUGUGGCCACAGGACCUCCCGAGGUGAGGAAAGAAGGCCUGGAAAUGCAGAUCAACCGUCUGGCUGAACUGAUUGGACGCUUGGAGAACAAGACAGUCUGGUUUGACCUGCAUCAGCGGCUAACCGACACUGAUGGUACAGCUAGCGCAUCCCUCCACCUGAUUCGCCAUGAGAUGAAGGUAUCGCAGAAGCAGCUGGGAGAGUUCUGUGAGGCUCUGAAGCAGUAUCUGAAGAAUGUCUCUGCCCAGAGGGACUGUUUCCACGUGACUGCAGUGCGGCUUCCUGACGGCCUCUCUUUUGUUGUGUAUGAGUUCUGGGAUGGGGAGGAGGAAUGGAAAAGACACCUCCAGAGUGCAGCAUGCAAGGCCUUCCAGCAUGUGAAAGUGGACACAUUGUGCCAGCCUGAGGUCAUGUCCACUGUGGCUGUGCCAGCCGCCUGGUGCAGCGUUAGCAGAGACUAAAUGGAACAGAGCCAGUGUGGACGGCCAGGGAGGAAGGCCUCGUCUUACAGCUGAAUAGCCACACGCCUUCCCUACAUAUAUACCCCUCUCCUUAAGCCUCUAUAUUUCCCAUGAUCUCUCAAAGCUCUCUCUAUCUCGUCUGCCCUUUCCCCUUCUCUUUUGUAUCUACUGUUUACAUGCUGUUGGAUUGACUGCGAAGAAUGUGAUACAUCAUAGAACACCUCCCUAAAGCUAUUCAGGUUGCUUUCAGGAAUCGUAUAAAAUAUUCUCUGGACUGCUUUGUGUCUUCUGAGUGGAUCAAAACAGUGAAAAAGAAAAUGUACCUAUCAGUAGUCUCUGGUUGUAAUAAGAGUUAGAGUAACAGAAAACUAAGUCAAUUUAUUCUCUAUAGUCUGCUUAUCUUGAGAUUGUCCAGCAGCUGAGGACUUUUACAUGUUAUGGACACGAAGAUCUGUCAGGAUUUAAUGGCCAGUUGAGCUGCUUUUUUCAGCCAAUACAAUUUUAAUCUACUCGGGCAAAGUACACAACCAGAGACCCAGAACAGCAGCAAAGAAUGUUGUGUAAUAAAUGUUUACUUACAUAAAGUUUACAGAUCUAGUCAAAAUCUGACAUGCUGAGAGAAAAAUGGUCUUAAAAUAUUUUAGCUUAAAACAGAACCACAGUAUAUGGAUUGUUUAUUGAUAGUAAAUAUAUUGGUUGUUGAACGUUUAUACUGAGUCGAAUGAACUCAUGUCCUCUAACACUAAAUCCCAUAAAUCUUUUGUUGUGCAUUUCAUUACAUAAUUUAAUGAGCGGUUCACUGUUUACAAAGAGACUUAUACAACACGAUUUGAAAAUGAACUGUUAAUACUUAUAAAUUAUAUAUCAAUCAGAAUCUUACCACCUCUAACCAAACAUCCUUUGUACUAAUUAUGGCAUGCAGGUUUGAUGUAUUUGUGAAUGGAAAUUUGUCAAAUUGCUUGGGCUCCCGUAUGAUGUGAACUGGUCUGAGGUGAAGCAAAUGUCCACAAUGCUGUGGUACAUUCCUAGCCGUUUUCUUCCCCAUGAAACUUGGCUUCACUUUCCCCAUCCCUCACGUGAGUGCAUGUUCCAAUGAAUGUCCAGUAACUUAUUCGCUGUAGUAUUUAGAUAUGCUACUUUCAAUGGAUUUUGUGCAUUUCUUAAUUUUAUAUUACUUAAAUUAAAAACACCGGAACUGAGAAAUACAUAAACACUAGAAAUCAUGUAUGAACAGGCACUUUUAUGGCAUUGUUUAACAAAACACUAAUUCUUAUACCUGUGUAUGUUUCCGUAAAGAAAUAGCUUUCUCUCUUGAAAUUGAUUGUAGAGACUUAUUGCAGGGAUGCAAAUAUUAUAUUUGUCUUAACUUUGUUAACCUAGAUUAUGUAGUGAUGUAAUUCAACAAAAUUAAAGGUUUAACGUGAAUGAAAA